CUAGUUCACUUCUUAUACUUAGAAACCCUAAAACCCUAACGUGAGUCAUAUGUAUCUUCACUAAAACCCCCCCUUCUUCUCUUCUCCUUUAGUUCACCCUCGUAGAAAUCUGCAAAAGCUGAACUCAAUACAAAUUGAGCAGCCAUGGCAGUGAUAGAGGAAGAUCUCAGCAGAGAAGGAGACGAAGAAACUAACAAUGAAUCUCAACAACAACAACAACUGAAGAAGGACAAAAAGAAGAACAAAACACCGAAGAAGAAGAAGAGAGAUGAAUCUGACGAAGGAGACGAAUUACGAGCCGAAAUCGAGGAGGAAGAAAAGAUUAAGAAGACUACCAAAGUUAAUAGUGGUAUUGGAAUUAUGAGUGAUCAAUCCUUCUCCUCUCUUCCACUUUCUGAGCAUACUAUGAACGGUAUUAACGACAUUGGCUUCUCCAACAUGACUCAGAUUCAAGCUAGAGCUAUACCUCCUCUCUUGGAAGGCAAAGAUGUGCUUGGAGCUGCAAGGACUGGUUCUGGAAAGACCCUUGCCUUUCUUGUUCCAGCUGUAGAGUUGCUGUCUCAAGCUCGUUUUUCUUCUCGUAAUGGAGUUGGUGUUGUCAUUAUUUGUCCAACAAGGGAGCUCGCUAUACAGACACAUGCUGUUGCCAAAGACCUUCUAAAACAUCAUUCGCAAACCCUUGGUUUGGUAAUCGGUGGUGCAGGCCGAAGGGGAGAAGCAGAACGGCUUGCCAAAGGGGUUAAUCUUUUAGUGGCAACUCCUGGACGGCUUCUUGAUCAUCUUCAAAAUACUAAGGCCUUCGUAUACAAGAACUUAAAGUGCUUGGUAAUCGAUGAAGCUGACAGGAUUCUGGAAGCUAAUUUUGAAGAGGAGAUGAGGCAAAUCAUAAAGAUUCUUCCAAAGGAGCGGCAAACAGCUCUUUUUUCAGCCACCCAAACCAAGAAGGUGGAGGACCUUGCACGCUUGUCGUUUCAGUCUAAACCUAUCUAUGUUGAUGUGGAUGAGGGGAGGAGAAAGGUUACAAAUGAAGGACUACAACAGGGCUAUUGUGUUAUUCCUAGUGCAAAGAGAUUGAUUCUUCUCUAUUCGUUCCUGAAGAGGAAUCUGUCUAAGAAAGUUAUGGUUUUCUUCUCUUCCUGCAACUCAGUUAAAUUUCAUUCGGAACUCCUGAGAUACAUUCAGAUAGACUGCUUUGAUAUCCAUGGGAAACAAAAGCAGACUAAGAGGACAACAACAUUUUUCGACUUCUGCAAAGCAGAAAAGGGCAUACUUUUAUGUACUGAUGUUGCUGCUCGUGGACUUGAUAUUCCUGCUGUGGAUUGGAUUGUUCAGUAUGAUCCUCCAGAUGAUCCAAAGGAAUAUAUUCAUAGGGUUGGUCGAACAGCUCGUGGGGAAGGUGCUAAAGGAAAUGCUUUGCUUUUCCUGAUCCCAGAAGAGUUGCAGUUCCUCAGUUAUUUGAAGAGUGAGAAGGUUCCUGUCAAAGAGUAUGACUUCGAUACAAAGAAGCUUGCAAAUGUGCAGUCUCAUCUGGAGAAAUUGGUGGCAAAUAACUAUUACUUGAACAAGUCAGCUAAAGAUGCAUACAGGGCCUACAUAUUGUCAUAUAACUCGCAUUCCAUGAAGGAUGUGUUCAAUGUACACAAGCUUGAUCUGCAGGCAACAGCUGCUUCAUUCUGCUUUUCUUGCCCACCAAAGGUAGACAUCAAAAUAGACAGCAAUGCCUCGAAGUUUAGGAAGAAGAGUCGUAAAAUUGAAGGGAGGUUCAAUCAAAGCAACCCUUAUGGGAAGCGAGGUGAUGAUGAUACUAGGUAAUUCGUCAGGUAUUAGGAAAUUUUGUCUUACUGAAUUAUUUUGCAAUUUUUAAUUAUGUUCAAGAUUUGUCAUAUUGGCAAUUUUGCAUCUUCUGCAUAAUUGUUAAUAGUAUGGUCUGGAAUUCUGAAUACCAAGUGUUGUAUCAAAAAAAGAAAAAAGAACAAGCAUACUAAUUUGUUAUGGCCUCUGAAUAACUUUGAGAGUGCAAUAUCUUUGGGUUACUGUUCAGAGGAAUAUGGUAGAUGUUGUCCGCAAUGUUGAAAUGUUAUGGAUAUUUGUUCACGCA